UGGUUUUAUUUUUCGCUGAAGGAGUUAGAUUUAAAGGCUCGAUAUGAUUUCGCCUAGCGAGGUUUAUGAGAUAUGCUGGAAGAAUACACAAUGUUAUCCCUGGAGAGUCAAUCAGCUUGGUGGACGAUACGUCAACGGCAAACCCCUCCCUCAAGAUAUCAGGAUGCAGAUCCUCCAAUUUGCCCGCCUAGGAGUCAGACCAUGUGAUAUAAGCCGUCAAAUGAAAAUCACACAUGGAUGUAUCAGCAAACUUUUGGCUAAAUACAAGAAAACAGGCUCGAUGGAGCCAGGGUUUGCAGGUUUGGAUCGGUCUAAGUUCCUAUUGAAGGAGAGCGACAUAAGACCCUGUAAAGUCUCUCCAAUUCACCGCGAGCUACCAAGCACAAGAGAUUUGGACUGCCCUCCGCCUCUAAAAUGUGUAGGCCCGAAAAAUAUCGAUCGAAGCCGCCUUACGAACGAUGCGUGCCGAAGCUCGACUUGGAGGAGAGAAAAGGUAAUCGAUAAAAGAUCGAGACACUUUCGGGAAGAACGAAGCGAAACGAACAGGGUGAUGUCAAAACCUUAUAAACAUUCCAUCGAUGAAAUAUUAAAUAAUAAGGAGAGUAAAGAAAAGACAAUAGCUGCUGUAACACCGAAUAAUGAAGUUGAAUCUGAUCCUCAGGAAUCGUCAACUCUUGAACAAACGUCCGCGGACACGGAAAGAGAAGCACCGCAAACACUACGAAAACAAAGCCAGCGAUCUCACUUUACAAGACAACAGAUCCAGAUUCUUCAAGAAGAGUUUAUGCGUAACCAGUACCCAGGACUUCCCGAACGACAAAAAUUAUCAAGAGAUUUAGACGUUAAUGAAACAAGAAUCAGGGUCUGGUUUUCAAACAGGCGAGCUAAAAACAGACAAACGUCCAGGAAGGUCCAGGAGGUACGAGACACAGACGAUUCUUACCUUUGCUGUCAGAGAUUCCAGCACCAUUACAUGCCAGACAUGGUCGUCCCUGGUCUUUUCACGGACCUUUCUUCUAGCCAUUCAGACAUGCUUGCUUAAAAUAGCUGAGCAAUGAAAGUAGCUAAUUAAAGUAGUUUUAUAACUUGUUUAGUUUUCAGUAAAGCCAAAGGAAGAAUGGAAUAUGUAUCUAAGAAAAAGCUAUUUAUAGCCUUGUAGAUCCCAACUCCACUACUGUAAUUAUUGCAUCAUCCCUAGACUAAAUCAUGACCACAAUGCACUAUGGGAUUUCAAGAUUUAAGUUCUACCAAACACCAAAA